UGAUGCGUCCAGGCGGAAGUUCAGGUUUAUGGUGGGGCGGCAACUGUAGCGGCCGCUGCCUCCCCUUCUCCGAGUGCGGGGAGCAGCGACGGGGAUAAUGGAAGCGGUUUCGCCAUGAAGUGGUGGUUAGCUAACGGUGAAGGCUUUACAGUGAUGAAGAAAUUAUAGUCAGUAGUGAAAAAUCCAAAGAGGGCCCAAUUCCUGAGAGUGGGCUGGAGAAAGGCCUGCCCUUAUCAGAAGAUGUGGAUUCCAACAGUGGCAUCUAUAGUGGCUUCAUGAAGUCGCAUCGCUGCUACGACCUCAUUCCCACCAGCUCCAAGCUUGUUGUGUUCGACACGUCUUUGCAGGUAAAGAAAGCCUUCUUUGCAUUGGUGACCAAUGGCGUGCGGGCUGCCCCACUCUGGGACAGCAAGACGCAAAGUUUUGUGGGAAUGCUCACAAUCACAGACUUCAUCAACAUCCUGCAUCGCUACUAUAAAUCAGCCAUGGUGCAGAUCUAUGAGCUGGAGGAGCACAAGAUUGAGACAUGGCGAGAGGUCUACCUGCAGGACUCCUUCAAGCCGCUGGUCUGCAUUUCACCCAGUGCCAGCCUGUUUGAUGCCGUCACCUCUUUGAUCCGGAACAAGAUCCACCGGCUGCCUGUCAUCGACCCUGACUCCGGGAACACGCUCUACAUCCUGACGCACAAGCGCAUCCUCAAGUUCCUCAAGCUCUUUAUUGCAGAGUUCCCCAAGCCGGAAUUCAUGUCCAAAACCCUGGAGGAGUUGAAGAUCGGCACCUACGAAAACAUUGCAAUGGUCCACACCAACACCCCUAUCUAUGUGGCGCUGGGCAUUUUUGUACAGCAUCGGGUCUCUGCGUUGCCUGUGGUGGAUGAUUCAGGUCGGGUUGUGGAUAUUUACUCCAAGUUUGAUGUCAUUAACCUGGCAGCGGAGAAAACUUACAACAACCUGGAUGUGACGGUGACCAAGGCACUGAAGCAUCGCUCACAGUACUUCGAGGGUGUGCUCAAGUGUUACAGGCAUGAGACGCUGGAGACGAUAAUCAACCGGCUGGUGGAGGCAGAGGUUCAUCGGCUGGUUGUGGUGGAUGAAAACCAAGUGGUGAAGGGCAUCGUUUCCCUCUCGGAUAUUCUGCAGGCCCUGGUCUUGCCUGGUGGUCAAAGCCCUGAAGUGCAAGAGGACUGAACCUCCCAUCGUGGGCCUGAAGCGCGGCACGGCUCUCCUUUCUGCGUCGCUCUUUUGGCCGAACAGUUGCAGCACGAAGGAGGCUGUGUAGCCCAGUUGCAAGCCAACCCCCCAUGGGACAAAUUACCUUGGUCUUUCAAACCAAACCAGGCUGUGUGUGACCACCGCCUCCUCCACCAUUUCACUUGCAAAGGAGCUCUGAGGCCUGCUGUCACCUGGCACUGGUUUAGUCCUCAGGGUGCAGCCUCGCCAGGCGGGAGGGAGUUGGGGCAGGCUUCUUGGCAGAGUGUGAAGUAAAUGUGUGUGGAAGGGGCCGCAUAAAAAAAGCCAAAACAAAAUGACAAAAACCCUGACAAAGAAAGGAGGCACCCAGCAACUCUCAAGUGGGUGACCUGUGUGUUUGCGCCUCUUUACAGCUUUGCAUGCCAUGUGUAUAUAUAAGGAGAAAGUGUCCGUGUGAGUGAGAAAUUGCCACCCUAGUGCCACUUGCACCUUCCACCAAGCAAUACCCUUUCGUUCACAGUCUCUUAGGGAGUUUCUGUCACCUGCUCUGUCCUUCCCAGCUGCAGAGCCAAACAUACCUGAUUUUCCCAGGAGCUGAAAAUCCUUUCCUGGGUCAUAGGGGAUGGUGGUCAGCUGACCAGAGCAUUUGAAUUCCUGUUCUGUGUAGGGGGAGCUUCAUUAGUCCCCUCUCUCCUGAAGGUUGCUUGCUUCAGUCCUUGCUACAAUCCUGUCCACCAGCUUAGCAGCGGGAGGACUGUAGUCAUCCUGGACUGUCCUAGCCUUUGAGACAGGAUUUCGAGUGUUUUGAGAAUCGGCAUCCAAUUUUUCCGUACCAAACCAGAGGCAGAAGUGUAACCCCCACCACACACACACACACUGCAAGAGUCUUUCCUGCCAUAAAUCUCACCUCUUUUGCACAUUCCUAAAGCCCCUUGUAAAUUGUACAACAUGUAUUUUUGUAAAGCCACGUUUCCUAUCUCUAAUUUUCCGUCCGCACUUCCUGGUGUGUGUUUUUGGGCUGGGUCUCCAUGCGCCACCUCACCUGGGUCUUGAGAGAGAGGGAGAAAGGGAGUGGUGGUUUUUUUUAAAAAAUAUUUCAAGUCCAUGCAAGGGAUCCUCUCAGGCCACUUCCCCAUGUGUGGUGUCAACUAUUACUUGGUGGAUUUUUUUUUUUUUGAGAUCCUGUACUUAAUAAAAAUCAAAAUGUCACAU